UCGACUAGCUGCUUCGCUUCUGCUUGUUGUAGUUGUCAAGCUAUCACCACACCAUCAAAUCGCUAUUGGCUUGGCUAUCCUAUUCGCUACGCUACCGCUGACGCUGAUACGAACGAUCAAAAGCGUGCCGGAGGCGGUUUUCACCUUACAUCAAAAUUUAUUUAAACAGAAAAUUAGGCGACUUAUUUUUGAGGUUCGGUGAGUUGUUGCCGUUUGAAGUGAAGAAGAGAGCAAUAUGAGCCCUAACCCAUAUGACCGACUGUUAAAAAAUAUAAAGGUUGGAGGGAAAGAUUUCAAAUACUAUGACCUGCCAUCCCUGGGACCUCAUUAUAAUCAGUUACCAUUCUCUAUUCGAGUUUUGCUGGAAUCAGCUGUUCGAAACUGUGACAAUUUCCAAGUACGUGAACAUGAUGUGAAUAACAUACUAAACUGGACUGAAAACCAGAAGGUAGAAGAAGGAGUGGAAGUGGCAUUCAAACCUGCCAGGGUUAUACUCCAGGAUUUCACUGGAGUACCGGCAGUGGUUGACUUUGCUGCUAUGAGAGAUGCUGUUAAGGACCUAGGAGGAGACCCAGACAAGAUCAAUCCUAUUUGUCCUUCUGAUUUGGUCAUUGACCACUCCGUCCAAGUUGAUUUUGCACGUUCAUCAGAUGCUCUGCAAAAAAAUGAGCAGCUGGAGUUUGAACGAAAUAAAGAAAGAUUUAUGUUUCUUAAGUGGGGAGCCAAGGCGUUCCGCAACAUGCUGAUAGUGCCACCAGGGUCUGGUAUUGUACAUCAGGUCAACCUGGAGUACCUGGGACGUGUUGUGUUCACUGACUCUGACACUUUGUACCCAGACUCUGUGGUAGGCACUGACUCUCACACUACCAUGAUCAACGGACUAGGAGUGGUCGGCUGGGGUGUUGGAGGCAUAGAAGCAGAAGCUGUGAUGCUGGGACAGGCCAUUUCCAUGUUGUUGCCAGAAGUGAUUGGGUAUAAAUUAGUUGGCAAAAUGAGCCAAUACGCUACAUCAACUGAUCUUGUACUCACCAUCACAAAGCACUUGAGGCAGAUCGGUGUAGUAGGCAAGUUUGUGGAGUUCUUCGGCCCUGGAGUGGCAGAGUUGUCCAUCGCAGACAGAGCCACCAUUGCCAACAUGUGUCCCGAGUAUGGAGCUACUGUUGGCUUCUUCCCUGUCGACCAGAACAGCUUGGCUUAUCUGCGACAAACAAACAGGGAUGAGCUCAAAGUGCAGGCCAUAGAAGCGUACCUGCGUGAGACACAGAUGCUGCGUAACUACUCAGACUCUGCGCAGGACCCUGUGUUCUCUCAGGUAGUGACGCUGGAUCUGGCGACUGUAGUGUCUUGUGUCAGUGGACCCAAACGACCUCACGACCGUGUCUCUGUCAGUGACAUGAAAACUGACUUUCUGCAAUCACUCACCAACAAGGUUGGAUUCAAGGGUUAUGGGCUCAACCCAGAUGCAGUAAAGAAGUCAGUAGAUUUUGUCUAUGAAGGACAACACUACCAACUGAGACACGGAUCUGUUGUCAUUGCUGCCAUAACAUCCUGUACCAACACUAGCAACCCUAGUGUCAUGUUAGGAGCUGGUAUGUUGGCUCGCAAGGCAGUGGAGGCAGGUCUGCGUGUUGCUCCGUACAUCAAAACCAGUCUGUCUCCUGGCUCUGGUGUGGUCACUUACUAUCUCAGAGAGAGCGGAGUAGUGAACUAUCUCAACACAUUGGGCUUUGAGACUGUAGGCUUCGGCUGUAUGACUUGUAUUGGCAACAGCGGUCCUCUGGAUGACACUGUUGCUGACACUAUUGAGAAGAAUGACCUGGUAUGCUGUGGAGUGCUAUCAGGCAACAGGAACUUUGAAGGUCGUAUUCACCCCAACACUAGAGCCAACUACCUGGCCUCUCCUCUGCUGGUCAUCGCGUACGCCAUUGCUGGCCGUGUUGACAUCGACUUUGAAACUGAGCCUCUAGGCAAGAGGAGCAACGGAGAGCCAGUGUACCUGAAGGAGAUCUGGCCUACCAGGGAGGAGAUACAUGUUGUAGAGACCAAACAUGUGAUCCCUGCCAUGUUCCGUGAAGUUUACGCACGUAUAGAGAACGGCUCCAAUAGUUGGCAAGCUCUGUCAGCUCCCAGCGGACAACUAUACCCCUGGGAUUCAUCAUCUACCUACAUCAAGAAUCCACCAUUCUUCACUGGCAUGCAGAAGGAGUUGCCGCAGCGAGGAGGGAUCAACAAUGCUCAUGUGCUGCUCCUGCUGGGGGACUCUGUAACUACAGACCACAUCAGUCCAGCAGGCAGCAUCGCUAGGAACAGUCCUGCUGCUAGAUACCUGGCAAACAGAGGGCUGACUCCAAGAGAGUUUAACUCGUACGGGUCUCGGCGAGGUAAUGACGAUGUAAUGGCCAGAGGAACAUUUGCAAACAUUAGACUGGUCAACAAACUGAUCACUCAGACCGGGCCUCGUACACUGCACAUCCCGUCUGAGGAAGAGUUGGAUGUAUUUGAUGCAGCUGAACGCUAUGCCCAAGCCAACAUACCUGUCAUAGCAAUAGCUGGUAAGGAGUACGGCUGUGGAUCUUCUCGGGACUGGGCUGCCAAGGGACCUUUCCUUCUGGGAAUCAAAGCAGUGAUAGCAGAAUCUUUUGAGAGGAUCCAUCGCUCCAACUUGGUAGGCAUGGGAAUCAUUCCUCUACAGUUCCUGCCAGGGCAGACAGCUGACUCUCUGGGACUGACAGGCAAGGAGACAUACACCAUCAACAUUCCUGAUGACAUCAAACCUCUGCAGCGGCUGACAGUUCAGGUGAGCUCUGGGAGCAGUUUUGAGGUUGUGUUGAGGUUCGACACUGAGGUCGACAUUCUCUACUACAGACACGGAGGUAUUCUCAACUACAUGGUGCGCAAGAUGCUCAACUGAGACUCCAUCACAGCAACUUGGUCUUGCUCUGUUAAACCUGUGUAGGCCUAUAUUUACUCUCCGUUUAAAAUGGGGUUAAAGUGUCCUCAAAACGUAUUCAAAUGGAAAAAGGAAUGGAAUUUUUGAAUGGAGGAGUUUUAUAUUUUUAUAACAUUUUAUAGAAUUUGAAGUGUAAUUUAAAUUCCCAAUCAAACCCGCAGUUAUUAACUAUAUGUUGAAUAAACCAACAAUUCAGGCUUUAAAAGUUUCUAUGCCAUAUCUAGUUUCCUUUAAAGAAAAAAAUCUAUUUAUAUAUUUAGAAGGAAUAGAUCGUUGGUGGAACUUCAUCUUUUUCUUCUAAAGUAGAAAAUAAAUAUGACAAACUGAAAAUGUCAUGAAACUUUGUUAUUAACCUUUCACUCAUAUGGAGAAAAAUAUUAAAUCAGUACAGUAAAGAUAUUAAUAAUCAAGCAUAACCUUCCAAAUUUAAAGUAAAGUAAGGAUUUAAUAAUUAAAUAAAUGAUCAAACAUGCCAUAUUUCAAUAUUUGUUAUCUUUAACCUUACGCUGAUUGGGUCGCUUUUUUAUUAUGUUAAUAAAUGGAAAUUAGUGAAAAAAACUUCAUCAUUCUAUAUGUUACCUUUUUCCUCCAUUUUACAGUUAAAUAGUACUAUAAAGAUAUUCUAGCACUCAAGUCCUCUGUUAACUUGGAAAUUGAAAUUUUAUAGAAUAAGUUGACAGUUAUAUAGGAUUACAAAUUUAAUCCUGCAAAAUACGCAAAGUUGUUUUGAAGGACAAAGGAGCCGUCAUUAUCAGUAAUGGUAAUUUAAAGAGAGAAAUUGGGGAGUUAUUUAAAAUAAAAUUAAGUUUUUAUUAUUUAACCCCAAAAGUUACACUUUAACUCCAUUUCAUUGUAAAAGUGAUAGAAAAGAUACUGAGAAUUUUACUGUUACAACACAAGUCGAGAUGAGAUAAUAAUUUUAAAAUGUAAAAAUCUUGCUCCUAGAUUCACCAACACAUUAAUCUUGAAGAUCUUACGGAAGACAACUUGAUGAUGUUCCCUUGACCUCAGGGGAUGAACAAUAUUUUGCAGCCAUCGCAGGGGAUAUUAGUCUUAUACUAGGAUAAGCUAUGUCUGUGGUUUGUCUAUCUGUAAUAUUUAUCUCAAAAUUCAGUGGCAGGAUUUUGACUAAAUUUUGGAAUUAGGUACUUAUAGGCCUAAAAACGAGAUUGACGACAGCCAUUACCUUAGGAAAUUUUGUAUUUCGCUGCAUAACUCAUUUGAAAGUUUAAAAAAAUUUACAUUGGCCUUAUGGGUUGCCAAUAGUAACUAUGUUGGUUAGGUUGAAAAAAAGGAUAAGGAAAAAGUAAACAAAAGACUUGUAACAUGUGUUUAUAACAAGCCAUCCACAGUAUACUAGCAAAUUUCAAAAUACGGGGGAAAACAUCAGUUACUAUUGAGCAAAUAUUACACUGAAGAUUACUCGAUAUAGGGAAAAAUAGUUCUGAUCAAAUACUGAUUUUUUGCUUGGCUCUCUCCUACUAAAACUUAAUAAUAUAUUAAUUUUAUGUAAACUAGUGGUCGUCCAGUGGUCGAAAAUUCAACCAAAAAUAUGUAAUGUACAGACUUAUCUAUCUUCACCACACGCUGUAAAUAAAACAUGUGAUAAGAAUUUAUUUAAAUUGUUUUGAUUUUCUGUUUAUAUUUAGUUGUUAUUUCGUCACCAGCAUAGCAACCCAUAAGGUCCACGUAAAUUUUUUUCAAAUUUAAAAUUCAUUUUUUGUGCUUAUUUUUGAGCCUAUUUUUAUUCAUAAAGGAAUUCUGCACAUCUACAGGAAAAUAUAUUUCUAACAGUAUUCGUAGAUUUUCCCUGUGAUGUACACGAGCUGAGAAAAAAGGUUUUAAUGAAACAUGCUUGCCUAUCAAUAUACAGGGUGAAAAAAGUCAACCCCCCCCCUCUAAUAUUUUUCCAAGUAAAUAUACAGAGAUAUCCUUUUGGUGGUCGUGCAAUCUUAGCAGGAAGUUUCAUUUUAUGAUUUUCAAAUUUUUGAGAGUCCCCCCAAAAGGGGGGAUUUGGGGGGCAACUCAAAUAUUUUAAAUGUAAACCCCCUACAAGUGACACCUCAUUUUGAAGUGUUUACAAAAACUUAGAGAAUGGUGAAAACUAGAGGUCGCUAUCUCUUCUCUAUCCAAAAUGGUAGCUCGUCAAAUGUGGAAAAUCAAUGGUAAUAUUGGUUCUUAAUGGUAAUAUUGGCUACCAUUUUGGAUAGAAAAGAGAUAAAGAACUUUACCUUCAAAAUGAGGUCACUUGAUGGGGGUUUACAUCAAAACAUGUUUAGUUGCCCCCCAAAUCCCCCCUUUUGGGUGGACACUCAAAAAUGUUAAAUGUAAAUCCUCAUUUAGUGACACUUUGGAUUACCAGGUUAAAGUUUCCAUCAUAAUAAAUUGAAAUUCCACUGAAACUUAAAUAAUGUAAGCCAAAAUUAGUUGUAAAUAAAACAUGAGUUUUCUUUAUAUUGCUUUUACAAUCUAAAUAAACUAUACCGGGCAAUGGCUCGGUCUCCUGAUAAUAAUUAUUAUGCUAUUUAGUCAGUUCAGCUGUAGAACUAUCUUAUCUAAAUCAAAACCUUAAUACUUCACACCUCACCUUGACAUCUUGAACUUAAAUGACACAAAACUAUUGCUCUAGUUAAUAAUAUUUAUUCAAUGUUCAGUUCGAGCAAAUAAUAUUUCAUUACUUUACACACGAAAGUACACUUUUUAAACGUAAAAUGAGCUAAGGAAAUAAGUUAUUCCCGCUACUGCAGGACAAAACUGCCUAACGUUAACUUUCCGUGCAUUUGUGGUGCACGUAAAGUAACUGUUUUAGACCUAUCAGCUGUUGCAUUGUUUAGUACCUUCAGUUUUUUUUCUUGAUACUAAGUUGAAUAAACAGAAAUAUUCAUGAUGUUUACAAGUUUUUUUAAAAUAUCGUAAUGAAAAAUAAUGUUUAAUACUCAUCUCAAAAGUGCCAUUGCAGGGCUCGAUAGCUUUCUCUCAGGGUAAAUGCAAUCUCUCCCCGCAAUAAAUCACUUUCUAGUAAACUAGUAAUUAAAACUACUCUAUUGUUUAUGAUAAUAGCAAUAUCUGUGUAUCAAUCACAUGUAUGGAACUUGUUUUUAUAAUACUGCACUGCUGACAACAACAGUUUUUUGGCUCUUAUUUAUCUGCAAAAUUGCCAUUUUCUAAUUUAUUGAAAUAACAUUAGUUUAAAUGACAUCAUUAGCCAUCUUGCUUGGCUGAAACUAGUGUGACAAGCCUGAUACUGUGUGGUUCCCUAGCAGGGCCCUGUUUCAUAAAAAUACUAGUCUAGUAUUUACUAGUCCAUUGACUAGUAAUACUAGUGUAUUUUACAAGUCUACGUUUCAAAAACCUACUAGUGUAAAAUACUAGUUACUAGUGUAGGGACUAGUAUUACUAGUGGUUUUUACUAGUGUAGACAGCAAUGUGUUUCAUAAAGUUUUACUCUUGUAAAUAACACUGGUAAAUACUUGCCAUUUUCUAACAACCUCUCUACACCCGUAUUAUUUGAAGUAGACUAGUAUUUUUUUGGAAAGAUAGUUAUUUUAUUACUCACAUCAUUUAAAAAAAUGAAUUAUUGAAUUCUUUUUUCAAGUGCGAAUUGGCUCAAGUUUGCAAUUUAAGAUAAAACUAUCUGUGAGUGCUAAAAUGAUAAUUAUUAGAUGUAAAUUAUAAUCAAUAAAUGUGGCGUUGUACAAAAUGAGUGAAAUUGAAUUUUAUAAUGUAUGUACAAUCUCCCUAUUAGAAUAAUUAUGUGUUUUUUAUUAUAAUUAUAUCAGUUAUCAAUUUCUGUGAAAUUUUAGUCUAAAUUUACUUGAGUGAAAUUUCAUGGUUAUAUCAACUAUUUAGUUAUCAUAGAUAAAAUAUGUUUAAUCUUUGAGAGAAACCAAAUUAAAACCGCAUACCGUAUUGCAUACAAAGAUGUACAAAAAUUUAUCCAACAUUACAAUAUUAAUCAGAUUAUUUUACACCCAAGGCUCUCGGUUUUAUUUAAAGGCAUUUUAAUAGGAAAUAAUAGUAAGACAAUUUUAAAGAGGAGUUUCUUUGUAUUUUUUGAGGUGCUUAUUAUUUGCUUCGCUAAAUAGCUAAAGCCCUGUGACGUACUAACAAUUUUGUAGGCCUAUAUUUGAUUUUUGGGCGUUGGACUAAAUUGCUUAUCAUAAAAACAUUACUUUUAAUCAAAUUUGGUAUUCUGAAUUUGUUAUUCAAAGUAAUAAGAAAAUUAGAGGUUGAUUAGAGUUGUUAUUUUAAUGUAAAACAUGUGAAAGUUUAAUAUGUAAUGGUACAAAAAGUAUAGUGAGUGGUGCGGAUUUGACCCAGGGACCCACCACAUGAGAAGAGAAAACUCUACCUCUGAUCAAUAGCGCAUUUUAUGCCAUGUUUUACUAUACUUGAAAACCUACUUCUCCAUUGCUUGUAACGGCGUUGCAAUUAUUUGUUACAUCAAUAAACGUUUAGGCUUAUUAUUCAUGGUUUGUAGACUCAAAAUUAGAAUAUCACAGAAUGGUUUUUAACCCAAAUAUUCUUAUGCAUUCGAAUAUUUGAAAACAUAGGUUAGGGUACUUGAAAACGUUCCAAACAAAAUGUCCUUAGAUGAUUUAAUUACAUUCAAAAUUUGAGCAUUCUUUUCAUUACUCAUAGCAAGCUUAGUUUUAUAUGUCAGGAUAAAAUAAAAACUAUACAAAUCACAGCGAAUGCGGCAGCAACAGAUCAACUUCCACCCAACCGUUGAGCGCCGCAACUAGGCCUACAACCGGCUACUACAAUCACCGUGUUGAUUGGAGCAACGCGCCGGCGCGUCGGCGGGCUCAUUGAUGAACAUAAAUAAUGUGUGAUUGUUUUACCUAUGUGUCUAUACAGACUGUCCCAAAAGUCCCGGACCGGUUUAAUAUUUUCUAAAAGACAACAGAUAAAUCAAUAAGAUUUUUUACAUCAACACCACACCUAAAAAUCUACUUUUUUAAGGAACUAAAAAUUUUCUGUCAUAUCAUAGGGACGUCCCACAAGGAGUCAGAAGGAAAUCUUAAAUAGGAGCAUAGGUUAAUAUGCACAUCAGUUUAAAGGGCUUAGCUAGUAGAGUUCAAUGCCAGAAACUGCGCCUUAAAAGGAUCAUCCGUUACAAAAUGGCAGCCGUUCAAAGAUUUCUUGAAUCUGCCAUUUUGAAUCUUUGAACGACUGCCAUUUUUUACUCAGGCGUCUUAUUGAGCUUUAAUUUACGGUUUUGUAAUCUUCUAGUAAAGACCUUUAAUUUGAUGUGCAUAUCGACCUAUGCUUACGUUAAAAAUUUUCUUCCGAUUCAUAGGGCUGUGCCCCCUGAGGAGUAAGCGUAUAAUAGCAAUGCAAAUUAAAUUAAUCUUCGAACCACUGUCAUUCUUGGCUCAGUUGUCCGUUUGAGUUCAAAUUUGCAGCAUUAUAUUCUGCUAGUAAAGAUCUUUAAUUUGAUGUACAUGUCAACCUAUGCUUCUGUUUAAGAUUUCCUUCUGACUCCUUGCGGGACGUCCCCAUGAUGUGGCAGAAAACUGAUAUUUCCUUAUAAAAGUAGAUUUUCAGGUGUGGUGUUGAUGUACCAAACCUUAUUGAUUUAUCUGUAGUCGUUUUGAAAAUAUAAAACCGGUCCGGGACUUUUGGGACAGUCUGUAUAGUUAUUAACUAAAAGAAAACACUGCGUUUUUACAACUAUUUAUUUUUAGUAUCAAAUGAAAGAAAAAAUUAAAACGCUUUAUGAAGCGUCAAAAAACCCGUGAUUGAGGCUAGAAAUUUGUUUUGAGAGUUCACUUGUAAAGUUGGUCAUGUGACUAGUAGUUUCGGUCACGUGACUAGUAAAAUUCACUAGUAUUUACUAGUGGUAUAAAAACGUUUAUGAAACACAAAUUAGUAGGACAGGUAAAUACGGGACUAGUAUUUACUAGACUAGUAAUUACUAGACUAGUAUCUUUAUGAAACAGGGCCCAGAAAAAGGCUUGUGAAAAUAAAACUGUAGCAAGUGUAUUGUAAUUACAGCCAGAUACCCUUUAAGUAUUGUAUUCACCCAAAUAAGACAUUAUCAAUGUUUUUCCUAUUAAUAAUUUACUACAAACCAAAAUCACCUUAGAAUUAUUUAAGUAAUACUUUUUGUAGCUUCAUAUUUAUUCUAUACAUAAAAAUAAAAAAAUGUUUUACGUAGCCAAUAAUGUGUUAUGGUGUAAACAGUUCUAUUACAGGGUGAGUGAUUUAUAGAAUUCUUCCUUGGUCUGGUUGAGAGACACUCGUUAGUUGACACUUUUUAUCUCUAAAUAACAUUGUACUCUUUAAGACUGAAACAUUUUUUUGUCAUCUGUUAUGUACUGUCUAGAGUGUUUAUUGUUAAAGCUUAGGGUCUAACUUUAUGAUUUUAUAUUGUUGAACUUUAAAAGAUUUGUUAUUGUUGAAGAAUAUUUUGACUGUGGGGGAUGGGAAUAAAUUUUGCUAUACAUGUUUCAUAA